AAGUUUUUAUAAGAAAAUUCAAAAUCCAAUACAUAAAAUUCAAAACUUUAGACUAUAAUUAGACUUUUGUCUGAAAAUAAUUUUCACAGCCAAAAACUCACCGGAAACCACCACUCAAGAAAACAACACUAGUAGUAUCAUAUAUGCAAUUUUUUUUUUUACUUUAUAGAGAGAAUUUUUUUUUUCAAGAAUCUUGAAAAUUUAGAGUUUUAUGAUUGUGGGAUUUUUGUGAAAAAGUGAUUGGUUGUGUGAAAAAGGGGUGUAUUGGGUGGUGGCUGAUGAAGCUAAAGGAGUGAGCUUUUGAGUUUUGGAAGAGGAAAAGGGAGGGACGACGUCGUUUUGAAGUUGUGUAGUGAUGAAGAUUCUUGUUAGAUUCCUUUUUAUGUUAUUGGUGAUCUUUAAUCCUAAUGCUCAACAGACUGCAAGAGCGUUCACAGGAACGUAUGGAAUUAAUUACGGAAGAAUUGCAGAUAAUAUCCCUUCACCUGAUAAAGUGGUUAAACUUCUUCGGGCAGCAAAGAUUAAGAAUGUUAGAAUUUAUGAUGCAGAGCCUAGUGUACUUAAUGCGUUUAAAGGAACAGGGCUUGAGCUAGUGGUUGGACUUCCGAAUGGGUUUGUAAAAGAAAUGAGUGCUAAUGCAGAUCAUGCUCUAACUUGGGUAAAAGAUAAUGUGAAGGCAUUCCUUCCUGAUACCCGCAUUGUUGGCAUCGCUGUUGGAAAUGAAGUUUUGGGGGGUAGUGACAAUGAACUGGAGGUAGCCCUUCUGAAUGCUGUAAAGAAUGUAUACAAUGCAACAAAAAAGCUUGGGAUAAGUGAUGUUGUUCAGAUAUCGACUGCACACUCGCAGGCUGUUUUUGCUGAUUCAUUCCCUCCUUCUUAUUGUGUAUUUAAAGAUGGUGUUGCUCAGUUGAUGAAGCCACUUUUAGAGUUCUUCUCGAAAAUUGGAUCUCCGUUCUGUCUAAAUGCUUAUCCAUUUUUGGCUUACACGUACAACUCCGAUAAAAUAGACAUAAAUUAUGCUCUUUUUCAGCCAAAUGAAGGCAUUGUUGACAAUAAAACUCAUCUACAUUAUGAUAACUUGCUCGAUGCUCAGAUUGAUGCAGCAUAUGCAGCUCUAGAGGAUGCUGGUUUCAGGAAAAUGGAAGUCAUAGUUACUGAAACAGGCUGGGCCUCUGAUGGGGAUGAGAAUGAACCUGCUGCCACCCCAAGUAAUGCUAGAACAUAUAAUUAUAAUCUGCGUAAAAGGCUCGCCAAGAGGAAAGGAACUCCAUUGAGGCCGAAAAAAAUGUUGAAGGCAUAUAUUUUUGCACUCUUCAAUGAGUAUCAAAAGCCAGGUCAAUCAUCAGAGAAGAACUUUGGACUCUUCAAAGCUGAUGGUAGUAUAUCUUAUGAUGUCGGCUUCUCUGGGUUGCAAGAUAUUUCAGCUGCAUCUUCGCUUUUGUCUUUGAAGGGAAUGCAAGCUCAAGGGUACUAUUUGUCAGCGACAGCAAUCACAACUUCAAUAUCGAUUCUUCUGUCGAGGUUAUGACAACAUUUUUUGAUCUCUCAUCUUAUACGAAUUACCAGAUUAGCGUCUCGUAUUUCCUAGUUUCAGAAACUGCUACAUCAACAAACAUUAGGAAAUGCAGUCUCUUAGAUCUUCAUCGCUAGUCGACCAUGGAGAUUGCUGAUUGUUUUUGAAUUUUUCAGCAAUGCACUAUCAGUAUAUAUGAAAUAAGUUCUUUCUUGGUUUAUCUUGUCUUAGUCUUGCUGGUUCUUAGUAUUCUUAUGUAGAUUUUACGUUGUUAUAUGCAUUGACGGUUUAUAGAACUUUUA